CCGACAUCAAAAAAAAAUGCCCUCCGAAAGCAAAACCUACAUCCUAACCGGCGGCUUCUCGGGCAUCGGCCUGGCGAUCCUCACGCACCUCCUCACCCCAAAACACCCAGACACCCCACUCCCCACAAUCCACGUCCUCGACCUGGCCUCCACACCCCCAACCCUCCCCGCCACCCUCCUAACCUCAACCGUCCACUUCCACCCAAACACCGACGUAACCUCGCGCGCAGGGAUAACCGCCCUGUUCAACCGGAUCCUGGCGCACUCCCCGCAGAUCGACGGCCUGAUCAACAGCGCGGGGAUCUGCCCGCCGCCGACGAUCGGCGGGAUCGAGAGCGACGAGGUCUUCGACCGGGUCCUGGAUGUGAAUCUGCGGGGCACGUGGGUCGUGGGGACGGAGUUUCUGAAGCACAUCCUGAAGCAGGAAGACGCGGACCCAGCGGCUGGGACACCCGGGGCCGCGGGCGGCGGGGGGGUUUCUGCGCGCGCCGCGAUCGUCAAUAUCGCGUCCACGGCGGCGAUCUCGCCCCCGCCGGGCAUGGUCGCGUACGCGACGAGUAAGUAUGCGGUGCUGGGGUUGACCAAGGCGUGGGCCAAGGAGUUUACGCCGCGGGGGGUGCGGGUGAAUUGUGUGGCGCCGGGGGGUACGCCCACGCCGUUGGUGGACUCGGCGUUGACGGAGGGGAUGAUCGAUGCGUAUGCGGAGAGCGCGCCGAUGGGCCGGUUGGCGGCGCCGGAGGAGAUUGCUAGUGUGGUGGGGUUUUUGCUGGAGGGUGGCGCCGGGUUUGUGAGUGGGCAGAUGGUGGUGGUCGAUGGGGGGUAUUAUUUGUGAGGAUGUCGCCUCAAGAGGGGUGGAGGUAGUGGGGCAUGAUUUGCUUCAGGAGAAAGGAAAGACCUCGACAGCGGUGAUUGCUUU